UUCAGACACGAUGUCAGGAUUCUCCGACAUAGCAAACAGCAGCAGGAAUUACACCGCGUUCGAUUACGUGGAGUGCGGCCCCUGCAUCGAAAAGAAACAAAAAGCCGUCAAGUCUUGCCUGGUGUGCUUGGACUCUUACUGUCCAACUCACUUCCAGCUGCACGAGGAACUGCAUUCGGGACAGCACCACAAAGUUAUGAAAGCGACAGGAUUCCUACAGGACAAGAUCUGCCCCAAGCAUGAAAAGCUGCUGGAGGUUUUCUGCUGCACGGAUCAGCAGUGUAUUUGUCUCAAGUGUACAAUGGACGAACAUCGAUGCCAUAAGAUCGUGUCUGCCUCAGAUGAGAGGACCGAGAAACAGAGUCUGUUGGGGGAAUCGAAGAUAAAAUCACAGCAUAGGAUUCUGGACAGAGAGCGGGAGCUUUCAGAACUGCGGAAGGCUGUCGAGUCUCACAAGCGCUCUGCUAAGGCAGCACUGGAGGAAAGCGAGAAGGUCUUCACUGAAAUGAUUCGCUCUAUUGAGAAAAGACGCACCGAAGUACAGGACCUGAUCCGAGCUCAGGAGAAGCACGCUGUGGGCCGAGCUGAAAAACUCCUAAAGCAGCUUGAGGAGGAAAUUGCUACACUUCAAAAGAGAGACGAUGAGCUACAGUCGCUCUCUUUAACGGAAGAUCACAUUCACUUCCUGCAGCGUUUCAUGUUUCUGACUAGUCCUCCUGGAUCUGCAGAUUUACCCACAAUUACUAUAAGCUCCUUUUCUUUUGAUGAUGUCACAAAAUCUGUGACUGAACUGAAAACGCACCUGGACGAUUUCUGCAAAGUGAACAUGGAGAAGAUUGAAAAAAAAGUUAAGAAAAUCCAGAUCCUUACACCCUUGACUAGAGAGGAGGUCCUGCAGUAUUACUGCGAGCUAACCAUGAAUCCUAACACGGCAUACAGACGCCUUCACCUGCAGGAUGCCAACCGCACGGUGAUCAACAACGACCAGGACCUGUCUUACCCAGAUCACCCGGAGAGGUUCGACUGGCCUCAGGUGCUGUGUGACCAGCCUGUGUGUGGACGCUUCUACUGGGAGGUUGAGUGGAGCGGUGGAAACGGUAUUAACAUCGCAGUCACAUAUAAGAGCAUCCCACGCAAGGGUGGCCGCAACGAGUGCUGGUUCGGGUGCAGUGAUCAGUCAUGGAGGCUGUAUUGCUCACCCUUCAGGUAUGCUUUUAGAUACCACAACAAGGAGACCUACAUCCCCAAAACCAACAACUCCACCAGGAUUGGUGUGUACCUGGACUAUGAGGCUGGGGCGCUGUCCUUUUACAGCAUUGCUGACAAAAUGAUUCUACUCUACAAAGUCCAGACAGAGUUCACAGAGCCCCUAUACCCAGGAUUUACUGUGUGGCCUGGUUCCAAACUAACAUUGUGCUCUCCUGCAAAGACUAAUUAGUUAAAUAAUAUAAUAAAUAUACAGUAUAUUAAUCUUUUGGCCUGUCAUACAGACAAGUUGCCUAAAAAAUAAUAUUGUCUUAGUGAGGUUUGGGGCCAACACCAGCCAUAACAGGUUUAGCGCCCCU